ACAACCGCAGGUAUGCGCUCAUGAUGUCAGUCAAACGACUGCCAGCUGGACGAUGAAACAAUUCUAUAGUACAAAUUUUUUUCAGCGAUUUACAGUGAAUACUUAGCAUUAAUACAGAAGCAUGGAUAAACUCAGAGCCUUUCUAGGUGGUCAUGAGGGAAACAAUGACCGUAGUGUACUGCAGGCGGCGAAUGAAGCGUCCACGCUGGGAUGGGGAACUCGUUUGAAAGGAUUCAUCGCCUGUAUGGUCAUCGGAAUAGUCUGCACUGUAUUGGGAGUGUGUUGCCUGUUUAUUCACAACAUAGGUAUAAUUCUCUUCAUCGUUUUUUACACACUUGGGAAUUUAUGCUCCUUAAUAAGCACCAUGUUUUUGAUGGGGCCAAUCAAACAGUUGAAACGGAUGUGUGAUAAGACCAGAGCACUUGCUACAACUGUUAUGAUAACAUGUAUAGUUCUCACACUAUGUGCGGCAUUUUGGUGGAAAAUAUUUGCACUCACAUUGCUGUUUGUCAUCCUGCAAAUCCUUGCAUUUGCUUGGUAUUCACUGUCAUAUAUCCCAUUUGCAAGAGAUGCCGUCCUGAAGUUUUUCUCCAUGCUGUUCUCUAAGUGUGUGAAAUGUGGACAAUAAUCACCUCAGGGACCUUCUGCCCUAGUAUCUGGUGGUUUGGGAAAGUGAACGGCAGAAAAAGCAUAAUAAGACUAUUAUGAGACUUGCUAGUAGUAAUGUCUAUUUGGUUGUUUUGCUUAAUCCCAGUGUGUUUAAGUAAAGAUCUGAACAUAAUGUAUAAAAUUUCUAUUAACUGAAUGUGUUUUGUUUUAUGUGUUGUAAAAAGUAAAGAAAAUGAAAAAUUAAUAUUUAAAAAAUAUUAGUGCUGCUCUGU